AGCCGCUGCGGCCCAAGGCGUCGCAGCACAAGGAAUCCAACCCACGCGCUCGAGGGGCGCUAGAGCCGACCUCCCUGCUCCUGACCCUCCCCCCCUCCCCGCGGCGCGCUGCCGCCGCCCGCGGCGGCCCUCGGCCACGCCGAGUCGGCCCUCGCCGACGCCGCGGCGGCCCUCGGAGGCCCCAGCGCCCGACCCCAGGCUGCCCGAGGACAGCACAGCCCGCCGGCGCCAGGCCGAGGCCGCCGCCGACGCACCCGCGGCCGGGGCGGCGGCCGCUGCCGGGUCGGUGGGCGCGGUGGUGGCCCGGGCGCUCGGCGCAGGCACGACGGAGGCGGGCCUCGACGGCAUGGUCAGCGCGCUGCGCGGGUGGGCAUUCCUCCCCCAGAGCGAGCAGGGCGAGGCGUGCUGGAUGCUUCCCGCCCUCAUGUGGCUGGCCGGCAGGUGCCGCCGCCUGUCCACCGACGUGGACCGCGCGUGCGCGGCGGAGCGGCACAGGACGAGGCUCGUGGAGGCCCUGCGGGAGCUGUUCCAGAAGCUCCACCGGGAGAGGGCCCGGCGCGGAGGGGCGCUCGCCGUCUGCUGCGAGCUCCUGCGCCUCUACGUGCAGCUGGGCCAGGCCUCGCAGUGCUCCUUCCUGCUGGCGGCCAUGUGCCAGGUGCAGGGAGGGCUCGAGGGCGUGCUCUCCGAGCUGCCGAAGGCGCUGGCCGUCACGCUGUUCUUCCUCUGGGGCAAGCACUGCGUGCUGGACGGCAACGUCGCCGAGGCCGAGGAGAAGCUGGGCUGGGCGCUGGCGCACUGCCCGCCGUGCCAGGCCGCCAACCGGCGCGCGAUUCUCGGAUAUCUCGUCCCGUGUCGACUGCGCAUGGGGCGCUACCCGGCACCUAAGACGCUGCGGAGGCACAACCUGGAGAGGUACGAGGAGAUCGCCCGCGCGGUGUCCCUUGGAGACGUGAGGCUCUUCAACCGCCAGCUCGAGGCGCAGGAGGAGGGCCUGAUCCGGUCUGGCACCUUCCUGGUGGUGGAGAAGCUGAGGCUGUUGGCAUACCAGAACUUGUGCAGGCGCGUCUACGACCUCGUGGCAUCAGAUCUGGAGGCGGCCGGGAGGCCGGAGUCGCGCCACAAGCAGGACCUGCGGCCCUUCGAGAGGGCGUUUGCGUGGCAGGACGGUUGCGACGAGGACGAGACGUUGUGCAUCUUGGCAAAUCUUAUAUAUGUCAAGGCGAUCCGCGGCUAUCUGUCCGAUGAGCAUCGCAAGAUCGUCUUCUCCAAAGAGUCGCCCUUCCCCCCGGCGGCGUCGUGGUGCGCGAGCCAGGGCGUGUAAAAAACGGCUGCCCGUGA